UUGUCUUGAUUUUAAUUCGAAUUUUGUAUAACAUUUGACCUUGACUUAUUUAUACUCUGAAGAGGCCUGCGAGUUUGAUUACAACAAAAACAUCAUCAAAGGAUUCAAAAGUUUCUAAGUUACCAGCUCCAAAGAUAAAUCCUCGUGCGUCCAUUAAGACAUCCAAGAUUUCUACACUUGGUGCAAGCGAGUCGAAACGGAAUCAGACAACUUUGCCAGUAGUAAAUAUUCAAAAACCUUCUGUACUCAAGGGCUCCUCAAGCAAUACAAAGAGCAGGAGUGCAUUAAACAGUCCAAAAGUUGGUCCUGCAGGAAAAUCAAUAACUACUAAGACCUCUCUUGGACAAGCUAAAAGAAAUGUGGCUAGCUCAGUAAAGGGUUCUAUAAAUUUACAACAUCCUUUGAAAAUUGAAGUGAACAAUGCUUUAGAUGUGAGCUUCCAUACUUCACUUCCUCCUGCUGUUCUUGUAUCAAAUAGUCAUACUAGAGGACCCAGAACUGCAAACACUCUCCCCAAAAAUACUUACCAUACUGGUCUUAACAAGCAACCUACUCAACUCCCAACAGCACCAAAACCAUCAGGUUUGCGGAAGCCAUCUCCAUCUCUUGGAUUCUUUGUUCAGCAGUCAAAACUAUCCCCUAUGCAGAGUCCACUAAAGAUGACUUCUCCACCAUGCAAUCCCCCUGAGUCUAACAUUUCUAAUUUGAGGAAAUCUGGUUCUUCAGCAAAUCCAGUUUCUGAACUAAGGCCUCCACUUGCUUCUAGAAGUUCACUUGAAAAAGUUAGGGACUGUUCACUUGAAAGAAAUGUUAAGCCCUCAUUCUCAAGCUCUGAAUCCCCGGUUUUAGUUUCCUCUAAUCCCACUUUACAUGGAGUAGUGGAAUCAAACUCACAAGUUACUAAUAGGCAGAUGGAAAACAUAGUGCAAUGCAAUGAUGCUAGUUAUAAAGUUACUAAUCCCACUUUACAUGGAGUAGAAUCAAACUCACAAGAGCUAGAUGGUUUUGUUGGUGUGGAUGAACUGUGUCCUGGACAAGCAGGACCACCUACCACUGCAAUAAAAAUUUCCAUAGAAGAUGCAGAAUUGCAGACGAAUGAAGGCAAUCUCUUACUGAAAGAAACCUCUCAGAUGGGUAAGUGUGAAAUUGAUGCAAAGGUAAUUGACAGUAGCCAAGAAAGUAGUGAACUGGAAAUUUCUCAGCUCAAAACCCGUUCUAGCUCUGCAAUUGAAGUUACUGGUCCCUCUCUUAAAAGUGAUAUUUCUGACCACCAGCUUGUAGAAGAGAGACCCUUUGAUUUAUCACUUAAAGAUCAUAAAGUCAUUUUGCAAGCCAAUCCUGUGUGCAAAGCUAAUGAAACAUUUGGGGAACAAACUGAAACUAUGCAUAGUGGCCCAUUUUUCAGCGACGACCAGAUGCUACAAGAUAAUGCAGCAGAUAAUAGUUCACAUGUUGAGGACUAUGAUGUGGCUGUAACAGAAAAUUCUCAUGCUUAUCCUCAUUUUGGGUCUAUUGAGCUAGAAAAAGAGGAUCAUGAUGUCUCUCCAGAGCUUAAAUCCCAAAAGGGCGAUAUCAACGAACCAUAUGGAAAGCAAACUGAAAUGAUGAAUUCCUUAAACUAUAUAGCUACUCCCAUUGUUAGUGAUAGUCAGAUGCUGCUGGAUAAUGCUGCAGAUAUCACUUCAAAGGUUCAAGGCUAUAAUGCAGCUGGAAUUGAAAAUUUUCCUGCUUUUUCUCACAUUGGAUUUGAAGAGCAGGAAAAAGAGCUCGUUAAACCAGUUGCAGAAGAAGCUGAACCUUAUCCAAUUUCUAGUGAGAUGUCAUGGGACAACCCUGCAAAUAUCAGUUCAAAGGUCCAAGAUUAUAAUAGGGCUGAACUUGAGCAUGGAAAUGAGGACUUUACUGCCAUUGGUGAACUGAGAAAGCAAUUAAAAGUGGAAGAGGGAGAUAUGCAAUCAAGCAACAGAACAGAUAGAUACAACAAUAUCAGUGUAAGCAUUUCUGCAAAUAAUGAUCACAAGAUGGUUUUUGACAAUGUAAUUGAAAAACAAGACGGUCAAAUUCAUCUUACCAGAGAAGACACUUUGCAGGUAGAUGGUUCCUUAUUAGGUGAAAAAACCAUUUUUACUGAAGAGUUAAAGCUGGAAAAUGUUUUUCAAUCUGAUGAAACAGAAGUUACUGAUGUGUGUCAAACUGAGUUGAGAAGUCCUAGAACUUCUUCAAUGCCAAAUUCUAUGCUAGACUGUGAAUCUAAUGCAGCUGCAUCCGUGCAGUGCCACCUUUUGGAGGAUAGAUCAUCAUUAUUAGUGGAAGACAUCAUACCAAUGGUUGCUAACUGUGAUCUGAAUUCCCACGCACAACAUGAGGUUGGGUUCCACGAUCAAUCUACUUCUGUAGAAUUUGGUAAUAUGGAGGAAGGUGAUCGAGCAGGAGCAGUGGAUGCUGAAGAUGUUAAUGCCUCUUGUCAAAAAGUUGGAACCUUUGCUAACAGUGAAGUAGAGAACACCUAUGUUACAUGUGAACCAAGUUUUGCAGUGCAAGUCAAAAGUGAACAUUCGUCAAAAAAUAAAAUCGAGCAUGUUGAUUUAGAAGUUAAAAACAAUUUAUCUGUUGAAAGUUCUCACUGUAGUUUUGAUUCACAGCCUGGAGAUGAGCUUUGUCCUUGUGAUGAUAAUUCUUCUUCCAUGGUUCAAAUGUAUAUGCUGGAAGGUGAAAAUGAUGACAAUGCUAAGGGUGACCAAGUUGAGCAGAUCACACCUUACCAAUGUGAAACCAAAGAAAUAUGUAAUGAUGAAGAAGAGAGUACAAAGGCUCCUACUUUGUCAUUUGACAAUAGCCACUCUCUGGAAGAGCCUCAAAUAUUGGAGAAUGAGUCCAACACCAGAGUCCCACUUCAUACAGACAUGGCUCAAACGUUUAAGGAAUCUGAGGGAGGUAACCUCGUAAUCGAGGAACAAGAUGAUAACUGCGAGCUUCAAAAUCCAGUUAAUCAAAUUGAAGAAGUUUCCUCAGCUAGUGUUCCUCAAGAUGAGGAUGCCACAGAAGAACAUUGCAGCAAAGAAUCUGGCAUUAAUACAAAACAGGAUGUUCUUGUUAUAAAACCUCCAUUUGAAGCUGCCGGAGAGGAAAUUUUAACCAUGAAAAGUGAUGCUGUACAAAAUUCACCAGACGAAAUGGGUGGUCAUGACUCCUGAUUUUUAUCAUGGCAUUUGUUGCAUUUGCUGACAAGGCAAGCAAUUGUUUACGUUGAAAGAAGAUACAAUACUGCUGAUACCAAUAAUGGCGAUGAAGAAAAUGCCGAGCCUUUCAGUGUCAGUGAGAAAUGGACCUUAGAAUUUGGAGUCUGCAUGGAAAGCUUUGUUUCUUGUACUCCAGAGGGUAAGAAGAAUCACACCAGCAAAUUGAGUAAAAAUCGAAAUUUCCAUCCAACCCGAAAGCCUCCAGAGGCUUAAGUAUCUUUCUCAUGUGUGAUGUGAUUUCAUAUGAAGGUUGAUUAUUUCCAAUGUAUGAGAAGUUUUUGCAAUGGACCUUAGAAUUUGGAGGGUGAAGUUUUUCAUAGAUGUUUUUGGCUAGGAAGUGUUGUCUUUGAUGUUUGUUAGUUUAAUGCUUCAUGAGUUGUUAUGUGCAUUGCAAGUUCAGCUUGAAUCAAAGCAAAAGCAAAAGGGAGUCAUGUUAUUGUAAUUGUUUGUCAAUCUCAUCGUUUGUAUAAUUUUUUGACUAUAGAAUUCUUACAAUAUUUUACCA